UCAUUAAAAGACGAUUCCCUGGAGUGAAAAGGUUGUCCAAGGUGAUCCUGGAGCAACUAAUCAAAGAUGUAUCUAAACUGAGGGGGCUUGAGAAUGAAUGUGAUUUUGUUAGGUUGGUUUGUCUCUAUUUUUGUGUAACACUAUUUUUCUGCAAUAGUGGCAAUGACCUUAGCUGGUUUAUAGUUCCAUACAUAGAGGACCUAGAUUCAAUGUCUCUCUAUGCCUGGGCACCCGCAGUGAAGAAUUACUUGGACAACUCCCUUUGUUGAUAGAUAUAUGACGUAUACCACAAUUAAUGCUCUACCUCUAUGACAACAUAAUGUGCAGCAUGGUGAAAUCUCAAAACGCUUGGCAUUUUUGAAAGAUAAGGGUAAAUCAAUUAUUAAGAGCAAGAUGAUAUGGAAACAUGUGAAAAGAGAAGGGCAAGUGAGUCUAUUUACGUUCAAUGUAUCAAACAAAGACAGGGACUUGCUUACCUGGUUGGGAAGGAAUAAUGUUCAUCAUUUCCCUAUUAUUUCAAGCAAGGAAUGUCCUAAACAAGAUCCUUCCAGUGUGGACAACGGGAUUGCUGUGACGUACAUUAUCAAGCGAUUAUCGGAAGGUCUUGAAUUAGAGUCUACCUUUAAAAAAGGUGCCAUGACUCAGCAGAGAGCACAUGUUUUGGGAAGGUUCUUAAGUGACAACAAUGACGGUUAGGCUCAUCUUUGUGAAAGGAGUUUGGGAGGGACAGGAAUGCCAUUUGGAAGGCCUUUCAUCAGUUUUUAUGUCUUUUCUGGAAUGUUAAUGAUUGU